UGGCUAUAAUAACAGUUGACGAAUGUUGGAUCAAUGAAUUAUGCUACUAGAAUUAAUGCAUCUAUUGUCUUUUAAAUCCGUGCCCUUCAUUAAACCAGGAAAGCAUGGAGGACGGUGAGGACGAGAUCAUUAUGGCAGUCGCCGAAAAUUUAGAAGAUAUGGAAGUGGAAGAAAGCAAAGAAAAGAAAAAAAUAGCUGCCCUGGAGUAUCAAGUGAAAACUUUACUUAAGAGACUCGAGCUAAUUAGUGCAGAAAAAAAAAUGGCUAGGCCGAGCGAGCCGGGACCGAACGAGCCGGGACCGAGCGAGCCGGGACCGAGCGAGCCGGGACCGAGCGAACCGGGAUCAACCGGGCCGGGACCAAGCCGACCGAGCCAGCCGGGGCCGGAAAAAUCCCAUUCCCAACAAGUUGAACCUGCGGCCAACAUUCCCCGGCGAUGGCAGAAGAGCAAAAAAAAGAAAGACAGAUGGCAAUGGCGAGGCGGGCGAGGCGGCCGAGACGAGCGAGGCGGGCGAGGCGGACGAG